AACAGAUGCAUGAAUGUGGAUGUAGACCGCCUUGCCAUGGAAGUUCAUUUCCACAUGCCAGAAUCCGACGAUUUCGAUGAUGUGGAGACUCUGGAGGAUUAUAGUGUCGGUCUAGCAGCAUCCCGAGUGGUAUCCCAGGAGGUGUGUUAUGUGAGGCGGCUCGUUAAAUCUUUCGAGCAACAAGUAGCUUUCAUCAAAGGCCAUCAGGAUGAUGGUAUGAGGUUGAGUCUGACGUCAGAGUUUCCGCUGUUUCCCUCGACAAUCCUGAGGAAGAGAUCGGUUCUGAUCUUGCCAACUUUUGUGGUGACCUUCCCGUUUACAAACUGGUGAGUGAGGAACAGAGUGACAGUGUGCAAGACCG